AGUAUUUAAUAACCGGAACCAAAGCAAAUAUCCAAAAAGCAACAGCAGGCAAAUUCACUACUAAGUAAUUCACAGUUCAGCGCUCAGCCGUGAAAGAAUGGGAGUGGAGAAGCAAGUCGUAAGGCCCGGAGGGGGACCCAAACCCGUUCCCGGUCAGACCGUCGCCGUCCACUGUACCGGUUUCGGAAAGAACCGUGAUUUGUCUAAAAAAUUCUGGAGCACCAAGGAUCCAGGGCAGCAGCCGUUUGCUUUCCAGAUUGGCCAGGGGAAAGUUAUCAGAGGAUGGGAUGAAGGUGUACUUGGAAUGCAAGUGGGAGAAGUUGCGCGCUUAACGUGUUCCCCCGACUAUGCUUAUGGUCCUGGUGGUUUCCCAGGAUGGGGCAUUGAGCCUAACUCUGUUCUGGUUUUCGAGAUUGAAGUAUUGGGUGUUCAGUAAUUACUGGCUCUGAUGCUGCGGGUGGCCGAUGGUAGACAUCUGAUGUAGAGUCCUUCAGCAGUGGGUGUUAGUUAAUUAUAGUUUGUAUUUUUAUCUGAAUAAAAAGGCUUCGAGCUCUUCAGCCUGCCGCCCGAUGUAGAAUGCUUUAGCAGUGGGUGUUACUCUGUAACUGGUGCCGAAAUUGCAGCC